GGGGCGCGCCCCUGCAGCCGGCGGGGCGGGCAGCACGUGGAGCGGCAGCAUGGCGGCGGCGGGCAGCUGUAGGGCCAAAGCCCCACGCGGGGCGGCGGGACGGCGGCGGCCGCGGGCGGCGGUCCUGGGCGCCGAGAGGAGGUCGCGGGCGGCGGCCGUCCGGCCCGUGGACGAGGAGGUGUCCAGCGACUCCGAGCCGGAGAGCCCGUCGUUGGGACGGCGGCGGCGGCGGGAGGCGGCGGUAGAGGAGGAGGUGGAGGAGACGCCGCAGGAGAAGAAGCUGCGCCUGGCCAAGCUGUACCUGGAGGAGCUCCGCCGGCACGAGGAGGAGCGGGCGGCGGCAGAGGAGGAGGAGGAGGAGACGCAUCCGGCGGAUCUCAUCGGCGACCGGCUGAAGGAGGACGUGCUGGAGCAGAAGGGUCGGCUGCAGCGCCUGGUCGCCAAAGACGUGCAGCCUCCAGAUCCAGCCAGCAUUCGAGUGCUGCGGGGGCACCAGCUGCCCGUCACCUGCCUGGUCAUCUCUCCAGAUGACAGGUUCAUCUUUUCGGCCUCCAAGGACGGCUCCCUCAUCAAAUGGGAGGUGGAGAGCGGGAAGAGGCUGUGCGUGGUGCCUGGGGGGAAGAAGGGCACCGAGGAGCGGCACAUGGGGCACGCAUCCCAUGUCCUCUGCAUGGCCAUCUCAUCGGAUGGCAAGUACCUGGCUACGGGAGACAGGAACAAGCUGAUCAUGGUCUGGGACACCGCCACCUGCAAGCGCCUGCACAUCUUCACUGGGCACCGCGAUGCCGUCUCGGGCCUGUCCUUCCGGAAGGGCACGCACCAGCUGUACAGUGCCUCCCAUGACCGCUGCGUCAAGGUCUGGAACGUGGCGGAGAACGCAUACAUGGAGACCCUGUUCGGGCACCAGGAUAUCAUCACAGGGCUGGACAGCCUGAGCCGGGAGUGCUGUGUGACGGCGGGGGGACGGGACGGCACCGUGCGGCUCUGGAAGAUCCCGGAGGAGUCACAGCUCGUGUUUUAUGGGCACCAGGGCUCCAUUGAUUGUAUCCAGCUCAUCAACGAGGAGCACAUGGUGUCGGGUGCCGAUGACGGGUCUGUAGCCCUGUGGGGGCUGGCGAAGAAGAAGCCGCUGGCGCUGGCCCGGCAGGCGCACGGCAUGCAGGACGCCCAGGGCCUGCAGCAGCCGUACUGGAUCUCGGCGGUGGCUGCCCUGCGCAACAGUGACCUCCUGGCUACAGGCUCCCACAGUGCUAGCGUGAAGCUCUGGAAGUGCAGUGAGGGAUUUCGGAAGCUGGAGCCCCUCUGGGCUAUCCCGUUGGUGGGUUUUGUCAACAGCCUCAAGUUCUCGGCAGCCGGUGACUUCCUGGUGGCCGGCCUCGGGCAGGAGCACCGGUACCGUCCCCCUUCCCCAGCGCUGGCUGGGGGCACAGCCUCCACUGCCUCGAGGGCUCGGUGGAGGGUGACCCCCAUCUCUCUCAUCUGCAGGCUUGGCCGGUGGUGGAGAAUCAAAGAAGCCAAAAACAGCAUCUGCAUCAUCCCCCUGAAGCGGAGGGCUACAGCCCCCAGCUCCCAUGUCCCUGACAGCUCCUAGCCCGCUGGCCCCGGAGCCGCUGCACCUGGGUCAUGAAACCCUGGUCCCUGGUGCUGCGCCCCAUGUCCUUCGUGCAACCACCCUCCUGGGGCCGGCAGCGCCGGAGCGGGGGAUGGCGCGUGGCCCCCUGACCCUGCUGGCACCCAGAUCAUGCUGCGGCUCUGCCCUCUGUGAGGGUCUGCCCUCUUCCCUCAGCUUUGGCCAGACCUGAGCUCUGGAGGACUCUGUUUUAAAAUAAAUAAAUAAA